UUGUAUAUGUUCGGAGAUGUUGGUCAAAGAGGAGACCUACUUCCCCCAAGACCAGCAGUGGAUUCUUCGAAACUUGACGAAGCAGUUCGUCCGCUCGGAAGUCAUCGCCCUGAAGCCAGAGUUCAUUCGCGGCCCAAGCAUCAGCGUUCUGGGCUUCGGCGAAGUCGUCAUGUCGCGUAUAUGCUGGUCGACAUCCUCAUUUGCUAGCAUGAGCGAUACAGCCAAUAUCUCGCGGGGCGUAUGGGCAGGGCACCGCCUCGGCAUUACAACGCUCGCGAGACACCGAGACGAGACCAACGAAGUGGGGGGAUGGAGCGAUGUGAGCGACGAAGUGGCGCGAGAGACUGCGGUUAUCUGGGAGAGCGAAUACAGCGCCGACUGGCGUGAGACCCUCUGUAACCACUGGUAUCAAAAGUACGGAGGAUUCUCUCGCCCGGUGUAUUAGUCUGGGCAUACGCCGUCGCGCUCGCGCUCGGGGCGAGCUGCUCAGCAAGGCCGCUAUGACGCCGCCUUGCUGAGACGGAGGGGUUAUAUGGUCGGAUACGGCAGAUCAUUCAGGAAGCCCAGAAGUGUUACGGUUAAUAGGAUUAUAUAGGACAAUGCCAAUAAGAUAUCGUAUUUA